ACCAUUACUACCUCUUUCGAUUAUGUAUAGCACUAAUGCCAUGGAAUUCUAUGGCAAGAAAACUCUCUUUAGCUUCAUGGCUCAUCAUCAAGAUUCAAAUACAAUUUUGCAAUCUCCUCCUCCACCCUCUACUCCGACUACAAAUCUCUCCCCAAUAAGAACUUUUAAUUAUCAAGAAAUGAAUGAUCAAGAACUCCAAUUUAGCCCUCCACGCCCAUCUACCACCACAAAUCUUGCCUAUAUCUCACCAUCUAGCCCCGAAUCACCAUGGACACUCUCUCCUCUCCGCACCCCUUCUCCUUCUCUUCUCUACCAUUGCAUCGCGUCCCUUCAUCGCAACGACGGUAACAUCUUCUCCAUCGCUGUCUCGAAUGGAGUCGUCUUUACGGGCUCGGAAAGUAAGCGUAUUCGUGCUUGGAGACAGCCGGAUUGCAUCCAACGAGGCUGUCUUAAAUCGAGUUCAGGAGAAGUUCGAGCUAUUCUAGCCAAUGGUAAUAUGCUUUUCUCUUCGCAUAAAGAUCGUAAAAUUCGAAUAUGGAAUAUCACGGUGUCGGAUAAUUUUCGAAUACGAAAAGUCUCUACUUUGCCUAAAAAAAACUCAUUUCUUUCAUUUUCUCGAUCGAACACGCAAUAUCACAAAGAUUAUAUCUCUUGCAUGGCUUAUUACCAUGCAGAAGGGUUCUUAUACACUGGAUCAUACGAUAAAACUGUCAAAGUUUGGAGGGUUUUAGAUAAAAAACGAGUCGACUCAUUUACAGCACAUGAAGAUAAUAUAAACGCCAUAGUAGUGAAUCAAGAUGAUGGGUGUGUUUUCACAUGUUCAUCAGACGGUUCAGUCAAAAUAUGGCGACAAGUUUACAGAGAAAAUUCGCAUACUCUUACGAUGACACUAAAAGUUCAACAAUCUCCGGUUAAUGCAUUGGCAUUAAGCUCAUCGUCGCCGCCGAGCAAUUGCUUUCUUUACUCAGGAUCGUCUGAUGGUAGUAUAAGUUUCUGGGAGAAAGAGAAAUUCUCCGGUCGGUUUAAUCACGGUGGAUUCUUACAAGGUCAUAGGUUUUCAGUUCUGUGUCUAGCGACUGUAGAAAAGUUAAUAUUUAGCGGGUCAGAAGAUACGACAAUUAGGGUUUGGAGAAGAGAAGAAGGAAGCUAUUUGCAUGAAUGUUUAGCGGUGUUAGAUGGACAUAGAGGGCCUGUUAGAUGCUUGGUUGCUUGUUUGGAAAUGGAGAAAUUUGUGAUGGGUGUUUUAGUUUAUAGUGCAAGUUUGGAUCAUACUUUUAAGAUUUGGAGAGUUAAGGUUUUGCAUGAAGAAAAUAUGUGCUUAGAUUGUUCAGAUUCGAAAAUGAAAGGUAUGGAGUAUGAGAUGAGUCCUGUGUUGUCUCCUUCAUGGGUGGAAAGGAAACUUAGGGCCAGUCCUUUUCAGUAGAUGCAAAAGAAAUGGUUAAUGACAUGAUGUUAGUUUUUUUUCCCUUUAAUUUUUUGUUGUUGUAGUGGCGAUGAUCUUAAUCUAGUUUCUCAUUUCAAGAAUUUGUGUUAGGUUUUGGUUUCUAAUUUUAUUUGUUAGCUCUAAGUGGUUCUAUUCACUUACUCAAUUCACCUACUCAAUUUACCGAAUCUCAAAUCCGUAAAGUUCCCGAUUUA